UGUGAUGGCAUCGGACCGGCGCGGCGUGACAAGUCACUCGGAAUUCUCAGUCAAAAUUCCUCAUGUUGUUCCUCGUGUCAGAGUCGAAGGCAAUUAACCUGGAUACAGCUGCAAAGAUUCUUAUGGGAGAACUCAUAACAGAGAAGAUAGACUUCUCCAAGUACAAAACGAAGGUGCGUCGGCUGUACGACAUAGCCAACAUCCUCACAAGCCUGGACCUCAUUGAGAAAGUGCAAGUAUCCAACGGCAAUGGCAGAAAGCCUGGCUUUAAAUAUGUCGGACCUGACCCACAGGGUUCACCAGCUGCCGAAGUUGCGAGUGUCAGGGACACGAUGAACCGGCCCAGCACGCGACACUCGAUGCUAGCCAGCGUGCCACAUUGCAAUGCCACAUCGUUCACGUACACGAUGCAGUCGUCAUUAGCAGCCGCAAGAUGUAGCGCAGACCAAGAGAACGUUGAACCAGCGGUGAAAAAACGACGGUUUUCUACCAUCAAGAUGGAAAAUUUGUCCUCGGGUGCAGUGGGAGUGAAUACAGUUACGAACCAUACUGUACCACUGUCUCGGCACUCGUCGCUGAAGGAAAUCUGUCUUGUCGCCGAGAAGGAGCGGGAGAAGCUGCAAGUGAGUGCUGGGCACGGAACACAGUCCGCACCCUCGUCACCGCGCAGCUUCACACACAGCCGAACGCUCGUCAAAGGAUGCCUAGAAUCUGGGAGGGUCACAGCUGAUAGAGGGACGAUAGUCGUCGGGGCUCGGACUACGAAGAACCCCAUUGAAAUUCUCCCAAGCAAGCUCCAUACGAAGAAGCCAUCUGCGACUAGCGUCUGCGAUCUCGCUGCAAAGCAGCUGAGGGUUGCGUCCAGCGGCCAGAAGUUGACCUCCAGCAGCAGUCAGCCGAUUUACGUCCUGCAGACGAGGCCAGUGGCCGCACUGCAGUCUCUUGCGGUCGUCGUCGACGGCAAGUCUGCGGCCGGGAUGCGGUGCGACACCCAGCACUGCAUCGUGCUGACGAACGGUGCUCGAGCGGGCACGCUGCGACCGGUCGUCGCCGGCGGCAACGCGUCCGCUCAGCGGUCGACGCUGGGCAGCGACAAGGGGGGUGCAGGGGAUUCGUACCUGAUCGUUCAGCCGGUGACGCAGACGUAUGGCGGGAAGGUUAGCGCAAAGACGACAUUGCGGAAUGGCGCCGCUUCCACCGCGGUGGUACGCGCCCGAUCACAGACGACAUCGCUUGAAUGCGGCAGCACCAGGCUUCAGGGUCGAACAGAUGCUGCGAUCGGCGCGAGUCAGCAGCUACAGCAGGGGAAACCAGUGCGGGCCUCAUUACUGCUGUGCAGCAACCAAACGAGGACACCCGGCACGAGCGGUGGCGAUUCAACCGUGCCCGCCUCGGUCCAGUUGCAGAACCUGGUGCUGAAGCAGCAGAUGGCAGGUGCUCCCAGGCAUAGCGAUACCGCACAACCGAGCCGGACAACGGGAGGAGGUGCAGUAAAGCUGAGCUCAUCCUCCCCAUCGAUUGCGCAGGCAGCCCCAGGCGCUGAUGUGAAGAGUGAGGUGUCACCAGCUCUGCGCGUUUUAAGUUCCCUCGGCAGCAUCCUACUUACCGAGCUAAGGCAAUCAGAGGGGGUUAACAUCGUUACAGCUGUCAGCACCGCAGCAUACAAGACGAAAGUCAAGAGUGAACAGUCGCAAUCUUGCUCUAGUAGUUUGAGGUGUGAAAGCCACACGUCUGUUUCUUGUCGUGCCUCAUCAUACACCGGAACGCCAGACGUUUCUCAGCAGACACUGGCUGGGCAGAACUGGAAGGGCACUCCCGGACUCACAUCACUACCAGUACCACCUGGCUUCACACCUGCGCCUGUUACAAGUGCCAGCACAGGUUCGCCACAGCCUGUGCCAGUGUCUGUGACUAUACUGGGACCAGGACCUGUGCCGGUGUCUGAGCCUGUGCCUAUACCGGGGCCAGGAUCUGUGCCAGUGUCUGUGCCUAUACCGGGACCAGGACCUGUGCCAGUGUCUGUGCAUGUGCCAGCAUCUGUGCCUAUACCGGGACCAGGAUCUGUGCCGGUGUCUGUGCCUGUGCCUAUACCGGGACCAGGACCUGUGCCAGUGUCUGUGCCUGUGCCUAUACCAGGACCUGUGCCGGUGUCUCUUGCUGGGCAGAUAUCCAAGCAUGUGCAAGUUUCUGGGCCUGUGCCAGUGAAUGGGGUUAUGCAGCUGGACAAAGACACCAAUCAAGUUAUAAUCAUGCUUGGAGAUCAAGGGAUCACUUACGAACUUCAGGGGCUCAAGGGCGUGAAAAGGGUCGGUGUAGCAGGGAAGAAUGGGGCCAGUGAAACCGUCACAGACGAGCAGCAUGCUGAAGAGAAUACCUCAAAGAAACUAGGAAAGGUGAGCAGGCAGUUGGAUCUCGACCAACAACUUGUCAACGCCACCUCUGGAAAAGAUGAGUACUCGUCGUCGUCACCUGUACGUGAGGAAGCGUCUGUCGCUGCAUCGCAGCAGCAGCAGCAGCAGCAGCAGCAGCAGCAGCAUCCGCCAGGUGGCGGCGGCAUCAUCAUUGACCACCGCAUCAACACCGACACAAUCAUAGCCGAAAUCACAGACUACAUGGAGGAAGCAGAAGAGACGGAGAGGCUGGAGAAAAUGGCCAGGGAUGAAGCCAUCGACUUUGAUUGCUGGUCGAUGGCAGCGGCAUCAGCAGCCGAGCAAUUGACGGAUAUGGUGGAUGGCACUGUGGGUUGCAGUUUGCCGAAAGAUGCCUACCACUCGGCGGUCGCCGCUACAGCACCGCCAGUUCACGGCACAUGGGAUGGCGCAAACAUCCGUAAAGUUGAGGGCAUCCUGUCAUGUCUUUCGUCCGAGUUUCGAGACGGAAAUUCGGCGCACAAGCGAGCGAGCGACGACUUUAGCGUGGAGGAGGCGGCGGCGGCGCUCCCUGACCAGCGGCGGUCGGAGAUGCAAGAGGAACUGGAGGAGCUGCUAUCAGACAUUUCCGGCAGCUCAACGUCGCACCACAUGAUGGACUACGACGUUGACGAGUCGAUCUUUGUGGAUUCUCUCAGCGAGGAGUUGACGCCAGUGAAGCUGCAUUCCUCUGAUAGGUCGCCCGCCCGAAAAGACGGGCGGGCUGGCCGUGUCACUUGGCACCCCGGUCACGAAGAGUCGCCACUAUACCCCACAACUCCGCAUACAGCUCGCGCGAUGCACAUGGCACAGGUGCACAGAGAUGCAGAUCUUGAGAUGACUCAGGGAACACCGAUGAAGUCAGGCAGAUUCGGGAAACCGUUCCACGCCUGCAACGCGGCACAACAAGCACCAAGUGGCGGACAAAAGACUAUGCGUAGAUUGGAGAGCUAUGUGCAGCCUACCACACAAGGGAUGAGUCACGUGUCGAAAGAGCAGCGAUGAUAUUAUGGUGCAAACAAUGAUGCCGGUGUUUAUCGUCCAAAUACCCUGCGAUACACCGAAAGACGGCUGGCGAGUUUAACGUCUCGUACUACAUGUAAUCAAUCACAUGUAGCGUAGAGUCAUGUUACCCUGCAAUUAUCUAAGUGAGUCGCCAGGGUAGGCUGUGUCGGUUAAGUUUACGAUGUCUGUCUACUGAGAUUGCUGCAGUUUAUUGGUCAAGUAAUAAUGAAGAUUCAGCCAUUUAUUCUGUAAGUGUAUAGAGUAUUAAUAUAAUAAUAUGAGGGUUUCCAUGUUCAAUUAAUAACAUGGCGAGGCUGGGAAACCAAUAUCUUGAGUGCGUAUGGCCAUUUACCGACCGCUUUCAUUUAUGCCGAUGCCUGCAAUCAUAUGUAGUGUUAUAUAUAAUAUAUAUAACUUGUCAGUGUGUGUUAAAGUAACCGUAAUUUUCAGAUAAAGCGAAUUUUUACCACUUUUCUUACUUACAACUUGCAAUUUUUAUCUUAAACACAAAGAAAAGGCAUGAACCACUUAAAAUCAGCAAGCAGUGUAUACACUCUCUAUGGAUACACUCUCUAUGGAUAUAGGUCGUUUCCUUGACAGUUAGGAGGCUCAAUCAACAACUUGACAUUGCAUCACAACAAGCAUUGGUUAGUUGUUUAAUUUUACUUUUAUUUUUAAGUGCAGCUGGUACAGCUCAUCCUCAUGAGAUUUUAUUCAGAUUUUGUUAGGAAAUAUAUAAUAUUGUUUAGCAGUAAACUUUAUUACACAUAAGGAAUUUUUUGAGUAAGAUGCUUAGUGACUUUAGUAGUGUUAGUAUCAAGGAAGUGAUGGUGGUAGGAAGGGUCUUUACUUUUAUGCAAAAUUUAUCCGAUAUAAAGCAACAUAGGGUUAUACGUUUACGUGUAUAUGUGUAUACACCUGCCUAUGAAUGUAUAUAUAUCUUUUAUCAUUAUUAUAUUAUAACCCAGGAGCACAAUGCUCCUUAUGCGUUUCUGUUCAGUUGCUUUACUGAAUGUAUCGUCUGUUGUAAUAACAUGGGGUUUCAUUCGGCAAGCUGAUGUCCGAUUUUUAUGGAUUCGCUGGUACUUGCAUUGAAAGCUAGGCUCGUUAUAAAACAAUCAGGUUCGAAAUGAGAAAUUAAAUUUACGAGGUUGCAAAAUAACGUUCUCUGUCUUGUGUUGGCUUAUGCAACUUUGCUAUCUUUGCAUUGUCCGUAUUAGGCGGUAAUGGCCAAGUACAUGAUGACAACUGCUGAGACAUGUGCAAACAGCGCAGUUGCUAGAGCAUAAGUAAAGCGUAAAGAGGCGGGCACACCACAUUAGUAAACCUAUGUGGUUGUGCACUCCUCAUAGUGUUCAGAAAAUGCUACUGCGCCCGGUAGUUGUAGCUAUGUGUGACAUUUAUAGUAAUUGUAUAAUAUACACCACUAAAGCAAA